AAAUCAGGGAAAAUCUAAUCGAUUUCUUGAUUGAAAAAAUUCUAACAUCUUCCGGGCCCCGUUCGACCAGACUAGUGAACAGGACGCAAGAUUAACGACGUAGAGAAUCAAGUACGCGCGAGGUUUGGAUCAGUUCGUUACAACAACGUCAGACGGAUUCAAUUACACUUCUGCAGAGUCCACAGUUCAUGUUCAGACCAAAUCUCAUUCCAAUAAAAUGUUUGAAGAAGAUAAAUUUUGAGGAAAUGCAAUGUAAAAGUUGUUGCAUUUUGACUAAUGGGUUCAUUUGAGGGUAAAAAAAAGAUGCAGGUUGACAAUAAAAGGACAUGUAAACAAAUCCUCCUUUUAGCAUAUCAGAGUUUCGGUAUUGUGUUCGGUGAUUUGAGCAUAUCUCCCCUUUAUGUUUAUAAAAGUACAUUUUCUGGAAGAUUGUGUAAUUAUCAGAAUGAAGAUGCAGUAUUUGGGGCAUUUUCCUUUAUUUUUUGGACUUUCACUCUUCUUUCGCUGUUCAAGUAUGUCAUUAUUUUGUUAGAUGCAGAUGAUAAUGGUGAAGGAGGAAUUUUUUCUUUAUAUGCAUUGCUUUGCAGACAUGGAAAAUUUGGUUUACUUCCUAAUUUUCAAGCAGCUGAUGAGGAGCUUUCUACAUAUCAUGCCCCUGGUUACUCGAGUAGAAAUAUGCCUUCCUCUCCAUUGAAAUCUUUCAUGGAGAAUAGCAAAAAAGUAAAAACUGGUUUACUUCUUGUAGUUUUGCUUGGCACUUCCCUGGUUUUCUGUCUUGGUGUCCUCACACCAGCAAUAUCUGUUCUUUCAUCCAUUGAUGGGCUGGAUGUCAAAUUAGAUAAUAAGCAUGGUGGUAUGGUGGUUUUCAUUGCAAGCCUUGUAUUGAUUGGCCAUUUUGUUUUGCAAUACCGUGGCACCUACAAGGUGGCUUUCAUGUUUUCUCCCAUUGUGAUUUUAUGGCUACUGUCCAUUGCUGCUACUGGCAUCUACAAUAUUGUCAAGUGGAAUCCAAGAGUAUAUCAGGCUCUUUCUCCAUAUUACAUUUACAAGUUCUUUAGGGAAACAGGAAAAGAUGGUUGGAUUUCUCUUGCAGGAGUACUUCUAUGUGUUACUGGAAGUCAAGCUAUAUUUCAAGACCUUGGCCAAUUCACAGCUGCAUCAAUUAGGCUUGCAUUUUGCUUUGUUGUUUAUCCAUGCCUAGUACUUCAAUAUAUGGGACGAGCUGCAUUUCUUUCAAGAAAUUUUUCUGCACCAAUGAACUUUUAUGCUUCCAUCCCAGAUCAACUGUUUUGGCCAUUUAUUGUCUUGGCAACUUUGGCUGCAAUUGUUGCCAGUCAAGCCGUCAUCUCUGCCACAUUCUCAACUGUUAAGCAAUGCUAUGCGUUAGGAUGCUUUCCUCGUGUCAAGGUUGUACAUAAAUCAAGAUGGAUCCGUGGUCAGGUGUACAUCCCAGAGAUAAAUUGGGUCCUUAUGAUUCUCAGUCUGGCUAUCACUUUAGGUUUUCAAGGCACAAAUCGAUUGGCAAAUGCUUAUGGGUUGGCAAGCAUGGCUUUGAUGUUUAUAACAACAUGGUUGACAACUAUGGUCAUCAACUUUGUAUGGCAUCGGAGUCUCAUAUUUGCCCUUCUGUUCAUGCUAUUCUUCGGAUCUAUUGAGAUCAUCUACCUCAGUUCGGCAUUUGUGCAAAUUCCCAAGGGUGGAUGGACUUCUGUCAUGCUCACUGCAGUCUUUCUGGUCAUUAUGUUUGUGUGGCAUUAUGGCAGCAGGAGGAGGUAUUUACAUGAUCAGCAUAACAAAGUAUCCAUGAAAUGGAUUCUCAACCAAGGCCCAAGUCUUGGGAUUGUUAGGGCUCCUGGAAUUGGCCUCAUCUUCACUACAUUGGCAAAUGGAGUCCCAGCCACGUUCACCCAUUUCUUAACCAACCUACCAGCAUUUUACCAAGUAGUUGUUUUCAUCUGUUUUAAGACUGUUCCUGUUCCUUAUGUUCCUCAUAAAGAACAAUAUCUCAUUGGCCGGGUUGGCCCCAAAUCUCACCGGAUGUACCGCUGCAUUGUUCGAAGUGGCUACAAAGAUGUCCAGAACAAUGUAGAUUUUGAAAAUGACCUUGUGAUGAGCAUAAUAGAAUUUAUCCAAUUGGAGGCCGAAGGCUUUGAAAACCCAGAUGCUUCUGUGGAUGGUUGGCUAGCAGUUGUGAGGACAUCUGAGAAGUUUGGCAAACGAUUGGCAAUUUCCGAAUUUGACAACAAAGACGAAAGUAGCACAAGUUCGAGACCCCCAUUUAUUGCAAACAGCAGCAGAUCACCUGCUCUGCAGAAGUUGAAGUCCUUUUAUGAGUGGGAAGCAUCUCCCAAUUUAAGGCCAGUAGUUCAAUUCAAGUUGCUAGAUACAAAACUCAAGGAAACCCGCGUGAAGGAAGAGCUCUUGGAGCUUAUAGAAGCCAAGUAUGCUGGUAUCUCAUAUAUUACAGGCCACGCUCGUAUAAAAGCCAAAUGGAACGCAUCAUUCUUGAAGAGAUUUGUGAUCAAUGUGGCCUAUUCAUUCCUGCGUAAAAACUGUCGAUCCUCGUCUGUGGUCUUGAGCAUACCUCAUAUUUGUUUGAUUGAGGUUGGUAUGAACUACUAUUUAUAAUCCAGUUGUUGGGUGUUUUUGUUUGCUACUGGAAGAAGCUCUCCUGCAGGUUGGCUAUGGAGUUGUGAAGCCGCGACAUUUUUGUUUAUUGUGCUCUUUCUGUAGUUUCCAAACCGAUUGUUUCCAUUAAAUUAUAAUUCAUUGUUGCAAAGGGCCAAAGGCCUUCCAAGUUAUGAAUGGUGAAAAGUGAUGGGAUUUUGAAGCCAUUAGGAUUAUUUUAUCAGGAUUUUAAGUUUGUUUUGAA